AUGAGCUCAGAGAGAAGCGAGGAGGUCGUCAUUGACACCCGCCGCACCACCGUCCAUACGCUGGGUAAGCAAAACGAGGGGAAGCGUCUCCGCUACAUGCAGAAAGACGGCAGAUUCCCUGUUGUUUUCCAGAAGGUUCCCGGAGACUGGAGUCCUUAUCUGGCGGACAUCUUCACCACUCUUGUGGAGAUCCGCUGGAGAGUGAUGUUCCUCAUCUUCUCCCUCUCUUACAUCCUCUCCUGGAUCUUCUUCGGCCUCUGCUAUUGGCUCAUUGCUCACGUACACGGAGACAUUGCGGAUCUAGAAAACGAGCCAUGUGUGGAAAACGUUCGUGGCUUCACUGGAGCCUUUCUGUACUCGAUGGAGACUCAGGCAACUAUUGGCUACGGCUUCAGGGGGAUGACUGAGAACUGUAUGGUGGCCAUUAUUGUUGUGACGGUUCAAGAUGUGUUCAGCUGCUUUCUCGACACCAUCAUUAUCGGUAUUGUCGUUGCUAAGAUGGCGUCGGCUCGUAAGAGAGCUCAAACUGUUGGCUUCAGCAGCUGUGCGGUGGUCAACCUGCGAGACGGGGUUUUGUGUCUAUCAUGGCGGCUCGGGGACUUCAGAGGGAAUCACAUCCUGGAUGGUGUCGCCAGGGCUAUCUUAGUCCGCCAUGUGAAAAAGCCACAUGGAUCCAUUGUGAUGUCAUACCAAGAUCUAGACAUCCAAGAUCGAGAUAUCAUCCUCGCCACACCAGCUACUAUAAUCCACAAGCUGGAACCUGGGAGUCCUCUCUACAGUCUGGGCCCUGAUGGCCUGCUGGAGGACGACUUUGAGCUGGUGGUGUCUUUCACCUACACUGGUGACUCUACGGGAAUGCUCCACCAGACCAGAACCUGCUACAAACCAGCAGACAUUCGCUGGGGCCAGCGCUUCCAGGACAUGCUGAAGCUGGGGAAGAAGAACUACAAGGUGGACUACGCUCGCUUCAACGAGACCACAUGGGUGCCGGUGCCUCACGUCAGCGCGGAGGAGUUAGACAGUGGGAGGAGACAUGCAGAAGUCAGGCAGACCUACAAUCCUCUGUUUCCACCAGACAAGAGAAAUGGACAUAGAUACAAGAUGGAUCACAACAUCACUGAAGAGGUGAUGCAUCAAACUAGCUUGUAG